UUGUGUUUGCUCGUCCAAGAGGAAUAUUUUCUCGUACCAUAACAUUUUAACAAAACAAACAAACCCCGUCUUUGACACUUUUUUUAAAGCUUCUUUUGAAGGCCCUGCUCCUGUGAUCUAUUUACACCUGUUUCUCCGAAGGAGAGAGCUCUCUCCAUGAGAUUCCAGCCCUCCGCGCGCACUAUCACCUGAUCUCGGCGGGAGGAAGCGGACGAAGGGAAGAUGACCAUACACGCCGAGGGUCUCGUGGCUAUCGUGGUCUUUUACGUCCUGAUCCUGUUCGUGGGGAUCUGGGCCGCGUGGAAGAAUAAAAACUCCGGAGUUGGCGAAAGCGGAGACCGGAGCGAGAGUAUCAUGGUCGGGGGAAGAGACAUCGGGUUGUUCGUUGGUGGAUUCACAAUGACGGCCACUUGGGUGGGUGGUGGCUACAUCAACGGGACAGCAGAGUAUGUCUACCUGCCAGACUACGGCCUGGCUUGGGCACAGGCACCGUUUGGUUAUGCUCUCAGCCUGGUAGUAGGUGGCCUUUUCUUUGCCAAACCUAUGCGAUCGCGUGGCUAUGUCACCAUGCUGGAUCCCUUCCAGCAGCUUUAUGGAAAAAGGAUGGGGGGUCUACUCUUCAUCCCUGCUCUCAUGGGAGAAAUCUUCUGGUCUGCAGCCAUUUUAUCUGCACUGGGUGCCACUCUGAGCGUGAUCGUGGACAUAAACAUCAAUAUGUCUGUGGUGAUCUCAGCUCUGAUAGCUAUCUUCUACACACUUGUUGGAGGACUCUACUCUGUCGCAUACACAGAUGUGGUCCAGCUCUUCUGUAUCUUUGUGGGCUUGUGGAUCAGCGUUCCUUUUGCCCUGUCCAAUCCUGCCGUGUCAGACAUCAGCGUUUCAGCCAAGGAAGCAAUCUACCAGUCACCGUGGCUCGGGAAGAUUGAGCCCGAGGACAAAUGGCGCUGGGCGGACAACUUCUGUUUGCUGAUGUUGGGGGGGAUUCCCUGGCAGGUCUAUUUUCAACGGGUUCUUUCUGCCUCUUCAGCUACCUAUGCCCAGGUCCUCUCCUUCCUCGCCGCCUUCGGCUGCUUGGUCAUGGCCGUCCCCUCGGUCCUCAUAGGAGCUAUAGGGGCCUCCACUGACUGGAACCAAACUACUUACGGGUCCCUCCCUCCGAAGGAUAAGGAAGAAUCAGAUAUGAUUCUUCCCAUAGUGCUUCAGCACCUCUGUCCGCCCUAUGUCUCCUUCUUUGGUCUGGGGGCGGUGUCAGCUGCGGUCAUGUCAUCAGCGGACUCGUCUAUUCUCUCAGCCAGCUCCAUGUUUGCCAGGAACAUUUAUCAGCUCGCCUUUCGGCAGUCGGCCUCAGAUCGUGAGAUUGUUUGGGUGAUGCGCCUCACCAUCUUUGUAUUCGGAGCUCUCGCUACUGCUAUGGCAUUGUUAACAGGAUCAGUAUAUGGCUUGUGGUACCUGAGCUCCGACCUGGUCUAUGUCAUCAUCUUUCCCCAACUUCUCAGUGUGUUAUUCGUCAAGGGCACCAAUACCUAUGGCUCUGUGGCUGGCUAUGUCUUUGGUCUUUUGUUGCGCAUUGGUGGAGGGGAGCCCUACCUCAAACUCCCUCCCUUCAUCUACUACCCCGGGUGGGUGAUCCAGGAGAAGGUCCACCACCUCACUGGUGACAAGGAGUACUUUGUCCAGCAGAGGUUCCCGUUCAAGUCUGUGUCCAUGGUGGCAUCCUUCUUGGCAAAUGUGUCCUUUUCAUACCUGACAAAGUACCUAUUUGAAAGUGGUAUGAUGUCACACAAGUACGACUUCCUGGAUGCUGUGGUAUCCAAGCACAGCAAGGAGAUCAUGGACAAGGCUACACUGGUGAGCAACCAUGAUAACAUCAUUCUUUCAGAGAUGGCGCCCGUCAAGCAGGCCCUGGGUGCAUCACUUGCUGGAACCUUCACCAACACUGAGGUCCUCAGUGAUGAUGGGGCAUCCAGUCCAGAGGCUUUUCAUGAUGAAAACUAAACAACAAAGGCACAAAGGAAACUAGAACCAAGGAAUUUGAAGAAGAGGGAAUAGUCAAAGAGGCAUUGACAUUCUUCAGGAAACUUGCUACUGCCGCACUGGAAGCUAAGUCAACAGGAAUCUGCUGUGGCUUCCAAGUGACUCCACAAGUUUGUUUUAUGCUGAUGACAUGGUGCCUCCUUCUUUUUUGACAUUCCUUGCCUAGAAACAGGAAGUUGACUGUCAAUCAGCUGUGUUAUGCAUAACAUACUCAUUCUUGUGUUUUUAUCAUGACUGUGAAUCCAAAACCACUACAAUCAUUUUAAUUUAAGUGCUGCUACAGUGAUCAGAGGAACUUUCAAUGGCCAUACAAAAAGCCUAUAUGAGGAAGUGUACAAGGGUUAGCAGUGGGUCAUGAUAAUAGUGCAAUAUUUAACCAAGGGAUUGUGUCUGUGUGCACAUAGCAGUGUGUGUGUUGAUGUACAUGCAUAUGUGUACACCUGCUGACAGAGCGGCAUCAAAGGAAUUCACCAUUAACUUUUUUUAGACUGAGUUGUAAGUUUGCGUAGAGAAGAUUUAAUAAUAGAGCAAUAACAUUUUUAGGACCUAUGUUGUAUAGAUGCGUUAUACUGAAUUUGCAGUUUUCCGUCAUUGCUUUUAACUUGAAGUUCAUUUUUAUUUUGCAGAUUUUAUGUUUCGUGUUCACCUUGCUCUUAAUCCUCCUGUCAUACUCACAUAUUCCAGACACAGUAAGUGUCAAAUUAAGAAUCUCAUACCACCAUGAUAUUACCAAACGCUUGACUUGCCAAGCAGAGGGUUGAUAUUGGAUGAUUCUGCAAAAUCCAAGAUUACGUUAAAUCACAACAUUUUUAAACGUUCACUGCCAACCUUUUUUAAAAUAAAUUAUUCCAUACUAUUCCCAUGUUGCAACUACAAUAGCCAAAUAAUUUUACUUUUACCUCUGUUUUGUUCUCCUCCAACUCCUGAAGUAAAUUACUGACUCUUAAGAUGCUAAAUGCUCCCCUAUGUUCACCAGUUAGGCGGUAACUUUGGAAAGUAGUGAAUACAGUGCUCAGAGCUUUAUGCUGAAAACAGCUGUGUCCUGCAGCUGGAAAUGAGGUUGAUGAAAGCGGUGAGAGUGAACCAAAAGGGUAAAGAACCAAAAGAAUGAGCUGGGAGACGAUAAAAACGAGCUGAUAAUUAUUUGUCAAUGUUUAAAUAAAAAUGCUGAUUAGACCAGCUAAGGAAAAAUAAUGCUCAUAAUUAAACAUGAAAAACACAUCAUUUACUGUUGGUAUAAGAUGGGACACAAACCCAGCUUUCUAGUGUCAAAUACAUUAAACAUUACCUUGACCUCCACACUGUCGGCACUAAUCGUUUGCACUGAACGUAAAAAGUUCUGCAGAAUUAUCAUGGGAUGAAUGUAGAUCCAGUGGAGCCUCAGCUUUUAUUACACACCACCCUAAUGUAGUCAGAUUAAUAUUUCCAGAUUCAACCUUCUAAUCUAUAGUUUUAUAGGUAUUUGAACAUUUUUCCUGUGUACCUUCCAGGCAGCCAUUGGCUACCCUGAUUUCCAUAUGUUGUGAAAAUCAAUUUGCAAUCCUUGUUUCUGUCAAACUUAUGACUUGCAGCGUCUUUAAAUUAAUUUGUAUUUACAAAGGCAUUAACAUACAACAGUAACAUUCACAACAAUAAAAGCACAUUUGGUGUUGAUUUUUUAAGUUCAUUUCCAUAUCUAAAUGAAAUUAACCAAAUUGCUGCCUGGACAGUAUGAAAAUUCAGAAAUCUAAAUCACUACACAACAGGAAGUUUUGAAAAUGAUUGGCAGUAAUGUACCGUAUACCUACAUAAUAUACACUGAUAUUAUUUUAAAGGACCAAUAUGGUCCCUUGAAAAUGUAAAAUGAUCUCACAGAAUCUAUUUUGAAAUAUGUCUGUGUGCGUGUGCCUAUAAUAGUGUGUUUGCUCAUCCUACGUCUGUAUUGACUGGCCAGCCACAGCAGGUUAGCAGAGACAGGAAGUGAUUGUUCCUCCCAGGAUGGUGUCAGUAGCGCCGGUCAUUAUUGAUCCAAUCCCCAGUCAAUUAGCCCUCAGGACGUUUGAUUAAUGCUACAAAGAGGUUCGAGAUGUUGUUUACAAGGGUUUGUUUUACAGUGUGUUAUACACAAUAAUGAAGAGUUGAAAUUGAUAAAGCAUCAUCCAUAAAUUCCCAAAUAUAAAUCCUUACAUCCGUGAAGAUCUGGUUGUUUUGAACUACUAGAUGCACUGCUUCUCUGUAUAAGGAGUAGCAAGUAAAGGAGUUGUCACUUUAUAUAAUGAUUUUUGGCAUUGUUAAGUGUUACUGUUGUCCAGUUGACUUCUCUGUGUUUGUCUCCUCUCAGUGCUGUUGUGGUUUGUUGGUGUCUAUAAUUCUAUGGACUCGCCUUAAUUCAAAGGUCAGCGGUGGAAAAUGAGCGGAUUAGGGCUGCAAACAUGACAAUUUAUAUAAACAUUUUAUCGGUUGAAAGAUAAGGCUAGUGAUGUACUGUUUUUUACUUAUUGUCAACAGUUAAUAUCAAUUAUGACUGACACCAACACUGUGUUGUUUCCCGGUAUUCUCUGAUUUCCCUACACCAUCUGUAGCACUCAGCUGUUAGCCCAUUUAUUCUUGUAGACUAAAAUCUUCUGAAAUGGUUCACAAAUAUAUGGCGUCAUUUUUAAAGGGGGAGUAAACAAAGGUGGGUACUCUAGAUUUCAGAAAAUGUUACUCAGACAGGAGUAAAAGGUGCAUUUGUUGAGGACUAUUUCCACAUGUGGAUUAAUUCACAUUUGGUGCUCUAGUGAGUAGGCCUAUUUACUGCAAAAGGAUGGUGUAUGUGGGUUCAACUCAAAAUAAACCACAGUGUCAACAUUAAUCUUAAAGAAGGAAUAUGCCAUCCUGUGAAAAGGUGUGGGUUACUGAUGCAGCUUUAAUAGUUUUUGGACAACAAUGGAACUCAGUGGAAUACACAGAGGAAUAUGAGACUUGGGCUACAGAGGCAACACUUGUUAGUAAAAUCAUAUCGUUGAUUUUCGUCUUUUCAAAGGAUUUGGUGACAAUAAGAAAAAUCUAGUAAAAACCAGCCUUAUCUUUAAGGCGGAAGAAUGGCCUUGUAGUUAGUCUUUACCACAGAUAGUGGGUGAAGGGGACUUGAUCCUCGUAUGCAUCCACACCUGCUGAGGUACAGUAAAGUAAACUAAAUCCCAACCUGACUCCCACGGUAACUUGUGGGAUUGAUGUUAUGCCACUAAGAUGACGUCAGCUUGAAACUGAAAGGGGUGACUGCUGGUCUGAUGCUAUGCAAAGUGUCAGGCAAUCUCAUUGGACUUAAAUGUGAAUGUAAGCUUUCCUCUUCAUCAGAUAAGCCUCAUAAUGAGUGUGUCAUAGCUUAGGUUCAUCCACAAACCUGAACACACACACCGAAAAGAAUCAAUGUCAGCUGUUAGACUGACACAUCUGUGGCUCUAUGUCGUAAAUUGCAAUGAUGCUGUAUUUUUGUGUGAUAAAUGUAUUUACCAAAAAAAACAUAGAAACAAAUUCGUCUACUUUUAAAUGCAGCAUUGAAAAUGAUGUUUGUUGACAGUGAAAUUACAGCUAUUUAUUUAUUCAUGCAGUGUCUAUAAGAGUAUAGUUGUAAACAUGUGAGGUCAGUUGAAUAAAUUAUAUUAUUUAGCACAGUCA